AUUUGGGGCUUUCGUUUAUUUUUUUAUUUUUUAUUUUCGUCCUUUUUUUUUCUCCCUUUUCGAAACCCCUCGUGAUCCCUGAUCCAGAUCCCAGGCACCCAUCGACCUCACGGAUCUCUGAAUCUCCUCCGCCUUCGUCUCCGCCUCGUCUUCCCCUCUCGAUCGGUUAAAUAUGGUGCUUAAGCAUAACAAACGACCUUUCGGCGCUGAAGAGUCCUGCCAACCUACUUGUAAGCAUAAUAUCAGACGGUUAAAUUGCGGUAGUCGUCUAGCAUCAUUUGCAGGAAUUUCUUCAUUUGUUGAUGGAGGAGGUAAAGAAACGGCUAGCCAACUACAAGGCGAAUCAAGAGUGGAAGGUUAUCCUCAUAUAACAUGUUGUUCUGUAUCAAAGGAUGAGAAGCAAAAAACCACAGGAUUUGCUGUUGUUCCUAAAGAUCAUUCUAGUAAUGGGUGUUACAAUACCUCUAGCUUGCUUGGUGGGAACAACUAUGAUGUUGCGAGACCAGAGUAUGGAAGGCAAAUUUUGUGUGAAGACCUAUCCUUUCAACUUGGAUGUGCUGAAUUUGACCAAGAUUUUCAGUUACAUUUGUUCUCAGAAAUUCUUCCUGUAAAUAGUAGUAUCCAUGAACGAUCAGUUGUUUCAGAACAUCCAGUUGCUACUUGCGAGGAGAUGCCUGCUGAUGAUACCAACUUGAGUGGUCCUCCAAGCUUGUCAUGGCACACUUUUAAUGCACAUGAAGGGCCUAUACCCUUGGAACUGCCUGGCGGGGCAUGCUUCUUUCCUUAUUUUGAGGAUGACCACCAAAUGUUUGAAUGUAAACUUCUUGAAGAGAUCAAUUCAUCCGUUCCUGAUUACCCUUAUCAAAAAGCCUGUUGCCACUGGACCAAAACAUCAAGCUGA